AUGUCUCUAAUUCCUAGCAUCUUUGGCAGCCGCAGAACAAAUGUGGUCGAUCCAUUCUCUCUUGAUCGUUGGGAUCCCUUUGACAGCCUCUUCAACUCCGCAAAUUUACCUGCAUCAGCCCGAGAAACUUCAGCUCUAGCUAAUGCAAGAAUUGACUGGAAAGAAACACCAGAAGCUCACAUUUUCAAAGCCGAUGUGCCUGGACUCAAGAAAGAGGAAGUGAAAGUUGAGAUUGAAGAAGGCAGAAUUCUUCAGAUAAGUGGAGAAAGAAGCAAAGAGCAGGAAGAGAAGAACGACAGAUGGCACCGUGUUGAGAGGAGCAGCGGCAAGUUUUUGAGAAGGUUUAGGUUGCCUGAGAAUGCUAAGAUGGAAGAGGUUAAAGCUAGCAUGGAGAAUGGUGUUCUUACUGUCACUGUUCCUAAGGAAAAGGAGAAGAAGCCUGAAGUCAAGUCUGUUCAAAUUUCCGGCUAAGAACAUAAUGGGUUUUGGUUUCUUUUAUCAAUCUAUGAGUUUGAAAAGAAUUGAAGAUGUUUGUGUUUCGUUAGGGUAUGUUGUGUGUAUUAAGUGCUUAAAAGCAUAAACUAUACGUAUAAAGUCUAAUGACUACAUUGAAAUAAUUAAUAAAGGUUUUUCUUCUUCUA